CCGCCCCCGGCCAGCCGUCGGGGCGCCAUGGCGGAGGACGCGAUGGAGAGCUACCUGUACGCCGCCUACCCGCCCUACUCGUACCGCUACCCGCCGCCCAAGGGCAAGGGCGGGGCGGGCGGCUGGCGGCCGCGGGGCGGCUACUUCGCGGGCUACGGGGAGGCGGCGGCGGCGGCCGCGGCCGAGUACUUCGACAACUACCAGCGGGCGCAGCUGAAGGCCAUCCUGUCGCAGGUGAACCCCAACCUGACGCCGCGGCUCCGCAAGGCCAACACCAAGGAGGUGGGCGUGCAGGUCAACCCGCGGCAGGACGCCUCGGUGCAGUGCUCCCUCGGGCCCCGCACGCUGCUGAGGCGCCGGCCCGGCCCCGCCCCGUCGCGACCCCGCGAGGCGGCCCCGGAGCCGCAGCCGGAGCAGGAGCAGGGCAGCCCGGCCACCACCAGCACCCGAGCCGUGCGCUUCCCGCGCACCGUCGCCGUGUACUCGCCCGUGGCGUCCCGCCGGCUCACCGCCUUCCCCGAGGAGCCCGAGGCGCCCCCGGAGCCCGAGGAGCCGCCGGCCCCGGCGGCCGUCGAGGAGGAGCGGCGCGAGGCGGAGGCGGUGCGCGCCAGCUGGGAGAAGCCGCCCGAGCGCGAGGCCGCUCCGCUGGAGCAGCGCGGGGCCGCGGCGCCGGAGGGCGCCCGGGAGGAGGCAGAGCCGCGGACGGAGCCGCCCGCCGCGCCCCAAAAGCAGGAGGCGGCCCCGGGCAAGGCCCGUCUGCGCUUCCAGUUCCUGGAGCAGAAGUACGGCUACUACCACUGCAAGGACUGCAACAUCCGCUGGGAGAGCGCCUACGUCUGGUGCGUGCAGGGCACCAACAAGGUGUAUUUCCGCCAGUUCUGCCGCACCUGCCAGAAGUCCUACAACCCGUACCGCGUGGAGGACAUCACCUGCCAGAGCUGCAAGCAGACGCGCUGCACCUGCCCCGUGAAGCUGCGCCACGUGGACCCCAAGAGGCCGCACCGCCAGGACCUGUGCGGGAGGUGCAAGGGGAAGCGCCUCUCCUGCGACAGCACCUUCAGCUUCAAAUACAUCAUCUGAGGAGGAGGAGGAGAGGGAUUUUGUUUGUUUAGGGCUCUUCCAGGGAACUGCAGGCUCAGCAGUUUUUUUUCCGUUGUUGUUGGUUGGGUUGAGGGUGGCUGGGAAAGCUGCGAGUAAAGAUUUGGUGAAGCCUCUCCUGGCCAGGUGGGGCUGUGCCCGGUUUGGGGGUGCGUGUUGAGAUUUUGGUAAUUGUGUAAGGGAAGAGCCUGCAAAUACUGGUUUGUGAAUUAGUGACAGUCUGGGCUGCAGCCAGCUCAAGGCUGUGUGGAGUCUCAGACAGGAAAGAACGCUGGUUACUCAUCCUGCAUGGGGAGCUCAACCACUUGGGCAUCAGGCUGACAUCCACUGUGGUGGUGGAGCACGUCGCAAAGAGGGCCGUGGUGGUACUCAGUCACUGUGCACAUUGGUGUAGAGGGGCCCCUGCCCUGCUGUUCCUCUCUGGAAGAGGCUGAGAAUGACUGUGUAGAAGUCAGGCUGCUGCUGGUAUGGCUGCCUGGGCCUGGCUGAGCUGGCGUUGUAAGCUGGGGCCCCAUGCUGCUUGGGGUGGUCUUAAGAGGUAGCUGUCACUGACUGAUGGUGAGGGAGUUCUUGAUGUUACAUGCAUCAGGUGAACAGAAAUGUUGGGUUAUUGGGAGAAAUGGCACUUCAAAGGCUCCAGGCGACCUGCAUCUGCCCAGCUUCCUUCUGAACCUGCAGGUGCUGCACAAAGAGCUGAGCACAUGGUGGUGUGUGCUUGGGCUCUGCUGCCUUCCAUCAGGAAAGGAGCAGAUCAGUGCACAUCUAGGAUGGGGUUUGCAGCUAGAGGUGAUGCACCCAGACUAUUUUUGGUGCUAGGGUGAGGUCUCUAUGGGGAUGAGCAUGUUUCAGUGGUGUUAUGCACACUGGUGCACUACAGCAGUGCCACCGGCACAGGCAACUCAGGGAAACCCUGAGUCCCACUACAGUCUACCUCAUAGCUAAGGAGUUGGGUAAACAAUGGAGAAAUGUACUUUCCUGAGAAUGUGAAUAAAGCUGUUACGUUCAAAAUUAAGCACUACACUGGACUGAGUCUUGUGGAGAACUCUUCUAAAGUGGCUUUCUCUAGAGAAGCACUGCCUUCAGACCACCAGCAGGAGUGACUGAAGGGAAGCAGUCUGUCUGUGCUGCUCUCAUAGAGGCUAUGGUACCGUGAGGAGGCAACUGCUGUUCUUGCCAGUAGUGAAUGUCUGUUGGGAGGCAGUGUUAAUGCUACAGCUCCUCUGGAACAGACAUAACUCGUCCUGCUGUCAGUUCCUGCAUUAAGUGCGUCCCUUGAACUUACUGCAGUAACUCUGUAGUUCUGUAACUUAAAUCUUUUGCAGUAAGAGUACAAUGUAUCACCAGCAAUUAAUUGCUUAGUAACUUCAUUUAUGCUUGCUUCACUAGUUACUAUAACUGCAUGGUGUGCUCUAGGAAUGAGCAGAACACCACUUUUUUUUCCACAGCAACACAAGCUCUGUGCCAUAUCAAGUGUUAGGGCAGCUAACAGAAAUAGCAUUCAGCUCUUCUAUGUAUACAGCUCUCCUCACAAGCAUGGCUUUGAGGACUAUUUGCUAUGGAGUUACCAGCAAUAGCCAGAAUGGAAAUGCAAUACACCUGGGAACUUCCAAACUCCCAGCUGCCUUGGAAGGCACACAGCUGGUGCUGAGAGCCCAGCUGAUCUUCAGGAAAGCUCCUUCAGUGGUGAAAGAGGGGCAGGCUGACCCUACCUGCUGCUGUGAGGUCCUGGGGUGUGGAGGAAGGGGAGUGCAGCAAGCAGUGCUGUUAAUGGUGUUAAACAAGCUUUCCUUUAUGCUGUGCUGGUUCCUAGUACAGAGGUAGCUGUGAGUGUCACUCUAACAUAAAUAUAUUCACUGCUUUUAUUGCUUGAUGUACAGUUCUGCAUUCUUUUCCACUUUACUGCUCUGUCAUGUCUCUGACAGCACAUGCUGUGUUGUUGGCCCUAGUUCCUCAAUUCAGCAGGAAGAGGGGAAGCUGAUGGUGACCUGUGUGAUUAUGCAAAGCAGAAAGGAGCAGACUUGUCAGCUCUUCAAAGAUAUCUUGAGUGUGUGCUGCACAGCUUUUCCAUGGAAAAAUGCUUUUUGCAGAUGUUAGCUCUGAUAAUACUGCACUCAGUGCAUCUUAAAGAUGUCAGACAUUGUGCCAGGUUUCAGACAGCCUUCACUACAGCUGUGUUUAGCAUGCUGCUGGCACUGGAUGAGUCACUUGGGAAGUGGCAACCAGCAAAAAGAGCAGCACUGGGCAUGGCCUGAUGUCCUCUUGGAGACAGAACAGGUGGCACAGCAGAGGUCUGGAGGUGGUUCUUAAACCACAGUGAAAGAGGAAGUGUGCAUUAAGAAGAAAUACCCAACCACUGAGGUACUAUGAUUUAUGCUUCAUAGGACAGGUGCCGCUUUCCAGCAGCCAUUGUAAAGCAAGGAAGACAUGUAACUGAGUAACUGUAUGCAGAAAUUCAGUUUUGAGGAGUCUUAUAAAUUCUCUUUGCAGUCUCAGAUGAUGCCUGGGGAAAAUGCAUGGAUCACACAUAAGGAAAAAAAAUGGGACUAUGGGGCUCCCAUUCUUCUGUAGUCAGCAUUUAGCUUAAGUACUUAAAUGCUCCUAAAAAUAUAUGAUCUUCUGGCUUGUAAAACUACACAAGAUGACAGAUACAAUGUCUUUUAUUUUUACAAAAAAAAAAAAAAGGUAAAAGAUGAUGUAAAUAAAAGUGUAAUGCGCCACUAAAUGUAACUACUUAUCCCCCUGUAAAUACUUAUUAAAUAAUUAAGAACACCAGCUACAGUACCACAAAACCACCAAAAUAAUUCAACUUUAUCAGGGUCAG